GUCAUGUCUAAUGGCUGCGUUAUUUUACUAAUUUAUGUGUGUGACAAAUAAAUACAAUUUUGCGUACCGCGGAAAAAACUACGUUGACCGUGCUUGAAAUGUAUAUUAUCAUGGAUACGUAUUAAGCUACAAGAAGGAAUUACACCAUCAAAGAAUUUUGAUUGCUGCAAUCGGUGUUUGGUAAGGUUCUAGCUAAGGAAUAUAGCAAGAAAAAAGAAAAUGGUAUGAAAUAGACAUGGAAAAGGGACCACCAGUAAAAAAAUUAAAAUGUUCAGACAACCAUCACAAAACUCCCAUCGAAAUCUUCGACAAAUAUAUACAAUUAAUAGAUAGUGAAAAAAAUCUAAAAGCAGUUCUAAAUGAUGAGUACAAUCAACCGCUGAAGUUAAUUAAAGUAUUUGUUGGUCAUAUAAAAAAUGUGAAAGAUAUAUCAAAAUCGGUUCUAGCAUUGAAUCAAAAGAUUCCGCUGAAAGAAUUGCAACAUUUAAAGAGAGUGCGACGGCAAGAGGUUAUUUUGUGUCCAACAAAUUUUUUUAAUGACACAUCGUCCAUACAAGAUUUUAUAGAGUGUUAUGUGCCUGAAUUAAAAGAUGUCUUUGAAUAUUUCAAAGAAAUUGAAGUGCCUUUAAAUCCACCGCAAAUCGAUAAACAUUAUCAAAAAGCAAAACAUAUCUGGUCGUGCAAUUUUCAUCCUAACAAAUACUUGGAAAAAUUAACAGGAGACGACUUCUUUCCCUUGUAUGAUUUAAAAAAUCAUAGAUUAUACAUGAGAACUGUUUUCGAGAUUGCUAAAUUUUAUUCGAUUAAAUAUAACAUUGAUUCUAUUGAUAUAACUAAAAACGUAAAUACGACAAUUGUUGUUGAUCCCAAUUUGCAGAGUAUUGUUGCUCUGUCUUUUGAUAAUAGACAACAUCAUCCUUUACAGCAUUCAGCAAUGCUCGCCAUAGACAAUGUGGCAAAGACACAAGACGGUGGUUCGUGGAAUUCAAAUGAAAGUAACAAUCAAUACAUGGGUAUUCCUGAAGAUAUUAUGCCAUAUUUAAAUGAUAAAUUCCCAUCUUUGAAGUAUUUUCAAAAAGAGUCAAAGAAUGUUCUAGAAAAUAAAAGCAAAUCUAAAGAAGGGCCUUAUUUAUGCACUGGCUAUUACAUCUAUAUGUUAAGAGAACCGUGUGUCAUGUGUUCUAUGGCGUUGGUGCAUUCGAGGGCACGACGUGUAUUUUUCUGCAUCGACAACAGUGAACGUGGAGCUUUGAAGUCUAAGAUUAAACUACAAACCAUUGCAUCGUUGAACCACCAUUUUGAGGUGUUUACUGAUUUUUUAUAACUUUUCAUAUGACAUAUCAAUAAUGAAAUUAUUGUUAAAUAAAUUAUAUUUUUUUAUAAUAAACAUUUGUUAAUACUGA